CCAAGCGAACGGCAUGUCGUUUAACUUAAAGUAAUUAAUUACUCCAUCUGUCAGCAUUGAAGUUCUCCUUUUCCUGAUUGCCUUGCCACAUUCCUCUCGCGCUUAAAACUGCUACUCCCGCUCCGAAGUCGCGAACUUGAAAGCUCGGCGUCUUAGAAUAUUUUCAGUUUUGUUUGUGGUAAGGGAAGAGAUGAAGAUCCAAAAGGAAACGACAGGCUGAAAGUCCCCUAAAUGCAAAAGGCAAGAUAGAGAAGAAGAAUGCGGAGGUUCAUUCCUCUUCUUCAGAACCUGCACAUGUCUUUGCCUCUGCCUCUCCUCCUGCUACCUAUGCAAGUAGAAUGAAUACACUAGAAAAAGAGAAGGAUAUGGAAAAACUUUCUGGUUUUAUUUUUUUGUGUAAUGGAAAAACAAAGCCAGAGUGCUAUAUGUACCGUGUUUUUGGGCUUCCUAAGGGAAAAAAGGAAGUUGUGGAGAAGAUCAAACCAGGUAUGGGGCUUUUUCUGUUUGACUUUGAACUGAAGCUUCUCUAUGGUCCGUAUGAAGCAACCUCUACUGGAAAGUUGAACUUGGAACCUGCGGCUUUUGGUGGAAAGUUUCCUGUGCAGGUAAGCUUCAGAAUUUGCAAAGAUUGUUUUCCAUUGCCUGAGAGAUCCUUUAAACAUGCUAUCCAAGAUAACUACCAGGAAGGAAAAUUUAAACAAGAACUAAAUGACCAGCAAGUAAGGAGUCUCUUGUCAUUGUUUCAUCCACUUAUGCCUGCGUCAGCUCUUGUUCCUCCUGCAUUGCCUUCUGGAUCCACGCCAUUGCCUGUCUUAGAGAAUCGAUUUCUGGCAAAUGUGCCUUCACGAGAGGGUCCAUAUAUAGCUGGGAUGCAACUUAGUCGUGACCAAUCAGAGUUGACUGCUCAGCAUUCUCUACAUAAGAUAGAAGGUCCACAACAUGCUUAUUAUGGUGCUUCAACACAUACCCAUCCAUCAAUGAAGAUACAAUGUAUGCUAUCUACGAGAAUGCCUCAUUUCAAGGAUCCAUAUCUUGCUAGGAUGUAUGGUGCUUCAACACAUACCCAUCCAUCAAUGAAGAUACAAUAUAUGCAAUCUACAAGAAUGCCUCAUUUCGAGGAUCCAUAUCUUGCCAGGAUGCAGAACAAUCUUGUUUCACAAUUGUUAGUGUCUCGAUAUGUUGAGCAGAGGGUCUUGCCAUCAGAAGCUGCUUCUCUUGGAUCCAUGGAAAACAUCGGCUAUAUCCAUCAAGCUAUGGAACCACAAAUUCUACCAGUUCCAACUGUCCCAUACCAUUCCGCAGAUGCCCAACAAGCAAACUUUCCUGGGAACACAUAUUAGACAAGGAAGCCUGAUUUGGUAUCUUGUGUCUGAACUAGUUUGAGGAUCAAAUCAGUUCUGACAUGAUGGAUUUUAGAUAUGUUUUGUUUUGAUAAUAGUUUUGACAUGGGCUUCUGUUGGUUUGCAUUUUCUAACUGUUCCAUGUUGUAGGAAGCAAGUGAAUUUCUGGAAUUAAGUUGAUGCCUGAAAUGCUAACCAUUUGGUAUCUAAGAAAUAGUAGUUUAUAAUCUAAA